AUGUCUCUACCAAGGCUAGGAAUAGGGGAUGAUGAAGUGGAUAGUUCAGUUCCAAAGAUUCAAUCUUUUGAAGAUGAGGCUGAAAGAAAGUUUAAUCUUAAAGCUACUGAGCUUAGGCUAGGACUUCCUGGAUCAGUGUCUCCUGAAAGGGAUUCAUCUGAUCUUUGUUUGAGAAGUUUUGAUGAAAAGCCUCUUUUUCCUUUGCAUCCUCAAAAAGAGGAAUCAAAGCCUGCUGUUUUAGGUAACAAAAGAGGGUUUUCUGAUGCCAUGAAUGUUUUCUCAGAGGGGAAAAUGAAGCCUGGCUCGAAUAUGCUUGAGAAUGUUGCGGCGCUGCAAGGCAAAGGGAAUGAAAUAGCAACAGUUAAGGUUGGUUUUGAGAGGCCAAACGGUGUCGGUGAAAGCAGACCAAAUCUUAAUGGUUCUCCAAGUAAUGGAAAUAACAUUGCUCCAGCUACCAAGGCACAGGUUGUUGGUUGGCCUCCAAUAAGAUCAUUUCGGAAAAAUUCAUUGACAACUGCAUCAAAGAACACCGAAGAGAAUUACACUGCAUAUUCAGAACUAUCUUCUUCUCUUGAGAAGAUGUUCAGCUGUUUCACCAUAGGACAAUGUGAAUCUCAUGGAAAUCAGAUGCUGAAUGAAACAAAGCUGAGAGAUCUGCUUCAUGGGUCAGAAUAUGUUAUUACUUAUGAGGAUAAAGAUGGUGACUGGAUGCUUGUCGGUGAUGUUCCUUGGGAGAUGUUUAUUGAUACAUGCAGGAGACUAAGGAUAAUGAAAAGCUCCGAAGCGAUUGGUCUAGCCCCUAGAGCAGUUGAAAAAAGUAAAAGCAGGAACUAG